AUGGACAUAUAUGUCUCAACGGACUCCGCCCUCGCCCUCACCGCCCGCGGCCGGUCCCGCUGGAGCCGAACCAUUCUGUUCGGCCGCGGCGGCGGCAAUCUCCUCCUCAAGGCCCGAGGUAGAGUUUUGGUCCGCCGAGGGAGGCCACGGAUGGUAGCGGCGCCUCGGCCGGAGGGGAAGAGAGUGAGGGACAGCCUGCGGACGCUCCGCUGGCUGGUGCCUGGGUGCCGGAAGGUGUCGACGUCAAGCCUCCUGAAGGAGUCGGCGGACUACGUAGCGGCGCUGGAGAUGCAGGUGAAGGCUAUGCGCGGGCUCUUCGGCGUCUAG